GUCUUCUCCAUCGUCCGUGCGCUCUUGGUGGACCCCGACGUGCUCUGCGCCUUUCGGCCCUUGUCACUGGUACCCUUGGACGUGAAGCCACGCAUGGCGCUGCUGCUGCGGCUCUGGCAGCGUGGUGGCUUGGAGCAGAUCGCCCAGUUGCUGGACGUGCCGAAUGAGAAGGACGUGCAGGUGUAUCGUCCUCGUGCACGGACUUUGGUCCUGGGGAACUGCCAAGAGGACUUGACCACCACAGCUGAUGAUGAUGUACAUAUCGAUUUGGAUGAUCACCUCUGGCGAGAGGAGGAUGAGUUUGAGCAUGAGCUG